AAAUAUGACUGCAAUAGUUAUUGUUUAUAUCGAAAUUUCAGGAGAGCGGAAAUGGCAGCUGCUUUCCAAUCUUUUGAAAGACAUACCUGCAUCAGAUUCGUUCCCAGAAAACCUAGCGACAGGGACUUUGUUUACAUCCAAAAAGCCGCUGGAUGUUCUUCUUACGUAGGCAAAAUUGGUGGCCCACAAGUUCUGAAGCUUGGCGACGGUUGUAUGUUAAAGGGAAUCAUCAUGCACGAGUUGCUGCAUGCAAUCGGCUUCGUUCAUGAACAAUGUUCCACGUCCGGACAGAGAUCAGUUUGUUCAAAUUUUGUUCGAAAACGUCAGACCGGGACUCGAAAGUAUGUUGCUACGAAGUUUNCAGUAGUCAUAAGUAAGUUCUUGUAUGCAAUGAGUACUCGUCGCAAGGGAACAACAAUUGCAUUGAACGUGCAUCACCGACUCCUUCAACCAAAUAUCUUCAUUGAUUAUUCGGCUUCUUCAGAUAAUUUCGAAAUGUCUCCGGACAGCGAUACGGCAGGAACACCUUAUGACUUUGGAUCAGUCAUGCACUACAGUAUGAGGGAUUUCUCGGUGAACGGCAAACCAACCAUAGUAUCAAAACCACCGGGCAUUCGAUUCGGACAAAGAAAAGGAUUCAGCAAAUGGGACUUAUAUGAGAUCGUUAACCUUUACAAAUGCAAGAACAAGGUGCCAGACAGAUGUGAGAAUACCAAAGGUUGUGAGGGCACACGAUUCGUCGACCCUGAAAUGUGCCCUGAGGAUAUCAAAUCGAAUCGCAUCACAUCGGCAAUGAACAAUCAACUGCGUAAAAGUAUCACUUUAUUCAGUGACGAGACAGCUCGACUGAGCACACUCACUCUAAGCAGUCGAAUGAUGCUGUUGCAUUUGAGACUUCUUGAACUAAAACAUAACGAGACACUACUUUAUUUCGCAACAAAUCCUUUGCAAUCGUUAACAGGAAAAAACGAUGUACAGGUAAUCCCGACCAGAAGUGCGUCGUAG